AUAGUAGCUGAAGAAACAUGAUGAUCCUUUCUGAUAAAAAUAUAAAUUCAAAGUUCAAUGCUUUGAUGAUUCUUUCAUAACGAUACGCGGAUUGAUAUUUUGGUCAAAAUGACAAAUCACCAGCUUGAUAGCAUCACGCAUCAGAAGAACUCAACAGGCUUGAUUUGAUUUUGAAAGAAGCCAUGGGAAAACUGAUUUGCAGGUGCAAUCUCUCAGGUCUUUUCUUCUUCUGGACUACCAUAGCUUUGUUUACAAGAAAAUCGUUUGCAAGUGAUAGCAUACAUUUAAAAGCAGGGGAAUCCAUCAAUGGUAGUACCCGGAUAUUAGUUUCAGCUGAACAGAACUUUGUGUUGGGAAUCUUCACUCCCCAAGGCUCCAAAUUUGAGUAUUUGGGAAUAUGGUACAACUACAAGAACAUCCCUCAGACGGUCGUGUGGGUAGCAAACAGAGACAACCCACUUGUAAAUUCCUCUGCCAGAUUAAAAUUCAACGAAGAAGGAAACAUUGUUCUUCUCAACGAAACAGGUGGAGUUUUAUGGUCUUCCGCUUCUGCAAAAACAGUGAAAGAACCGGUCGUGCAGCUGCUGGAUACAGGUAAUUUGAUGUUAAGAGAAUUUGGGUCUGAAAAUUAUGUGUGGCAGAGUUUCGAUUACCCCUCUGAUACUCUGUUACCGGGCAUGAAACUGGGUUGGGAUUCGAAAACCGGUCUGAACCGGAAGUUAACGUCGUGGGAAAGCUUAAACGAUCCGUCGUCUGGGGAUUUCAAUUACAGUGUGGCCCUCGAUGGGCUUCCCCAAUUGGUAAUUCGCAAAGGACCCAACACCACGUACAGGGGCGGGCCAUGGUACGGAACAAGGUUUAGUGGUAGCCCUCCUCUCAGAGAGAACCCAUUUUAUUUUCCAAAGUUCGAAUAUGAAGCUGGGGAAGUAACCUAUUCGUAUGAUGCUGCGAACAAUCUCACUCUAAGACUUGUGCUGAACGCGGAUGGGACAUUUGAGCAAUUUUAUUGGGACGAUGGUGGAAAAUAUUGGUACCCUUUGUAUAUAUUGCCCGGAGACCGCUGCGAUGACUAUGGACUCUGCGGAGAUUUUGGUAUUUGUACAUUUUCCCUCACAGCACAAUGCGAUUGCAUGGCUGGGUUUGAACCCAAAUCGCCCGAAAGUUGGGAAAGGUUUAUGUGGUCAGAUGGCUGCGUUAGAAGGGAUAUACGAAUCUGCCGAAAUGGAGAGGGAUUUAAAAGGAUCAGGAGUGUGAAACUGCCGGAUUCUUCAGGGCAUUUGGUGAAUGUUAACACGAGCAUUCAAGAUUGCAAGGCGGCGUGCUUGAACAACUGCUCUUGCUUGGCCUAUGGAAUAAUGGAACUUUCCACUGGCGGCUAUGGCUGCGUUACCUGGUUUCAGAAACUGGUGGAUGUUAGAUUUGUUCUACAAAAUGGACAGGAUCUCUAUGUGAGAGUGGCGGCUUCAGAAUUAGACUCAACCAAAAAGAAGCUUAUAGUUGCGAUCAGCGUGUCUGUGGUUUCAUUUCUAGGCUUCUCGGUUUUAGUCAUUUGCAUUGUCCUGAGGCGUAGAAAGAAAGCUAGAGGUAAUGAGAUUGCUCCUGAGAUCACUGCAGGGGAGUUUCAGUCUCAAGAAAACGAAGUCGAGAUGCCAAUCUAUGAUUUUACUAUGAUUGAGACUGCCACAAAUUAUUUUUCUUUUGCAAAUAAGAUAGGCGAAGGCGGUUUUGGUCCUGUGUACAAGGGAAAGCUUCCAUGUGGACAAGAGAUUGCAGUAAAAAGGCUGGCAGAAGGCUCUGGCCAAGGGCAAAGCGAGUUCAAAAACGAGGUUCUGUUGAUCUCCCAACUUCAACAUCGAAACCUUGUCAAACUGCUUGGUUUCUGCAUUCACCAGGAAGAAACAUUACUGGUCUAUGAAUAUAUGCCGAAUAAAAGUUUAGACUACUUCCUCUUUGAUAACAAGAGGCGAUCUUUACUCGACUGGAAAAAGAGAUUGGAUAUCAUAAUUGGAAUUGCUCGAGGACUUCUUUAUCUCCAUAGAGAUUCAAGGCUUAGAAUAAUACAUAGGGAUCUCAAAGUGAGUAAUAUAUUACUAGACGAUGAAAUGAAUCCAAAAAUUUCAGACUUCGGUAUGGCGCGCAUGUUUGCCGAGGACGAAACUAUGACAAAAACCAAAAGGGUUGUUGGGACCUAUGGCUAUAUGUCUCCAGAAUAUGCACUCGAUGGAUAUUUUUCACUGAAAUCUGAUGUGUUCAGCUUCGGAGUUAUUCUUUUGGAAAUAGUUAGUGGUAAGAAGAACAGAGGGUUCUUCCAUUCCGAGCAUCAACUAAAUCUUCUUGGACAUGCAUGGAAGCUUUGGGAUGAAGAAAAUGCUUUGGAAUUGAUGGAUGCAGCAUUGAAGGAUCAAUUUCAACCCUCUGAAGCAGUGCGAUGCAUUCAAGUAGGCCUUUUGUGUGUUCAACAGAAUCCGGAUGAAAGGCCAACUAUGUGGUCAGUUAUUUCAAUGUUAGAGAGUGAAAAUAUGUGGUUAUCUCAUCCUAAACAACCCGGAUUUUACAUGGAAAGAAUGAUUUCUAAGGCCGAUAGAUUAUCGGCUGAAAGUUCCACUUCGAAUGAAGUGACGGUUACAUCGCUAGGAGGUCGUUGAUAGACAAUUGCAGUGUUAAAGAAACUCCAUAAAGGGUACUAAUUUUCCCCUUCAUUGCAUUGCUCGAGUGCCAAAAAGACACCUCAACGAUUCAAGACGAAUGCAACUUGCUUCUUGUAAAAAAUUCACUUUGACGACUAUGUCUGAUAAAACAGGAUUUGGAUCUCGGGAUGAUCGUUUUGGAAAUUAGCACCCCUAAUCGUGUCCUCUUUCUUACACAUUCUCUGUGCGAACUGAUAAGAUAUCGACUGUUUGAAAAUCUAAAUCCACUCUUUAUCGUUCAUUAUU